UUAUUUAUUGAUGCUUGAUACGCAGCCCACUGCAGCCGAAAUUCUGAUACAGUGUGUUGAGAAAAUUGCCCCAGGAAGUUUUCCAGGAUGUCAGGAGCCCUAAAGAGAACGACAGGACUCACAGGUCUGGCCGUGGCAGCGAAUCCCCAUCACACCCUGGGGGCGCUCUAUGGGAAAAUUCUCAGGGCACUGCAGAAGAUGCCAGAGGAUGCAGCUUAUAGGAAAUAUACGGAGAAAAUUGUAACAGAACGAGCAAAGAUUGUUUCAACUACAGCUGAUGUGAAGUCUAUUGAGAACAAAAUUGGAUGUGGGCAGGUGGAAGAGUUGAUUAUUCAGGCAGAAAAUGAACUAACUCUGGCCAGGAAGAUGCUGGGCUGGAAACCAUGGGAACCUCUUGCUACACAGGCUCCUGCAACACAGUGGGAUUGGCCCCCAGCACAAAUUAAGCAAGGCCAGUAAAUCCAUUAUAUAUAGAGAGAUGAAUCCUUGAAUAAAUUAUUAGAUUUUUCGCGAGA